AUGGAGUUAUUGGUGUCUAUUUAUGGUGGGAUGUGCCGCAUCGUAAGAGACGUGGGAAGAAAGGAAAGAAUAGAGAUGGUGAAGAAGAGGGAGAACGAGGGGAAGAAGAAGAAGAGUGUCAUGGCGUGGAAGAGAGGCGCAUGGAGUGCUGAGGAGGACCGGAAGCUGGUGGAGUACGUGACUGCCCAUGGUGACAAGAAGUGGAGAACCCUAGCGGCCAAAGCUGGGUUAGAUAGGUGCGGAAAGAGUUGUAGACUAAGAUGGCUGAACUAUCUAAGGCCAGGAAUCAAGAGAGGCAACAUGUCUGAAGAGGAAGAGGACCUCAUAAUUAGAUUGCACAACCUACUCGGCAACAGAUGGGCGCUAAUUGCUGGAAGACUACCAGGGCGAACAGAUAACGAGAUAAAGAACCACUGGAAUACCCACUUGAGCAAGAGAUCCCUCACCAUUCAGGAUCUUAAUGCCAAGAUGAACCAGAAACUGGAGAGCUCUUCCGGCGUCGCCAGCCCAUCACCGGCGCUUGCAUCUGAUGCGCUCCCAGUGCUGCACUUGACGGCUGAUGGAUCGGAGCUCAACGUCGGGCAGCCAUUUGACUUCACGUUAAACUGGAAUGCGACUGUAAAUGAGUUUGAAGCCGAAGGCUAUGGCUUUGCUGAUCACGAGGAGCUCUUCCGAGGUGGGUCUUCGGUGGAUGCACACCGCCACCACCUGCCGCUGGAGUUGGAUGAAUUGAGUGAGUUCAUCGACUGUGAGGAGUACUACUUUGUCAGCUAG